GUGUUGCAAAGUCAAGAGCAACCACUCUCAAGCAAAAAAUAAUCAGAAAGGCUAAAAUAGUUGGCAGAGGCAGUGGAACCACUUUAUCUGCUGGGGAUAUCAGAACUAAUGUAGUCGGCGGCAGCAUUAGCUCUAUGCCUCUGGCAAAUAAGAAUUUGGCGUCUCUACCAGCUUGCGAUAAGGGAUCUGCACUUCCUCCAAGUUCGCAUAUUCUCGUAAAUGACAACAUUGGGUCUAAACCACCGGGUAGUGGUUAUGGAUCUGUGCUUCCAAAUUCAAGCAUUGGUGAUAAGUCUGGGGUUGGUGUCACUGGUUCUACCCCUCCGAAUCCUAGUGUUGGAGGAAUAAUAUUGGCUAAUGGUACUGGCUCUAUCCAUGCAUCAAAUACUUAUCAAGAUACCACAGCUACAUGUGCUUCGGAUCCCAGCGCAAAUUCUGGUUGUUGGUAAAAAAAAAAACAUGGAUGUUGUGGGAGUAGAAACUUUGCAUUACUUGGCUCUUCUAUGGUAAUUGGGAUUUAGUUAUAGGUGACAAUGCUUAGCAGCAGCUAAGGAUGCUAUCUUCAGCUCAACUUAUUUGCUCCCUACUCAUCGUCUUCAAGCGCUGUACAUAUUACAUAUCUCUAUCAGUGGGUUAAAACCAGUGGAAGCAAGAACUCCACUGAUUUAUAUCUUUGAGGCAUUCUUUGGCCUUGUAAUCCCCUUGUAUAUAUCAGUCUUAGGAAGUUAGUGUAGGAAUUCUGGAAUUGUGAGGUGGUGCCAAUUUCUUGGUGAAGCUCUCUCUCUUGUCCGAGUGAGGGGAAACGAAAUUAGUGAACUGAAAGCAAUAUCGAUCCAUAAAAUGUACAGAUACCAUAUUUUUACAACAUUAGGUCUUUUUUGUACUACUAAAUCACCCUAAAGAUAUCGACGGGUAUCCCUGUUAAAAAGUGA